UCCUGCACAAAUUAGCAAUAUGUUGAUGUUUGACUUGGAGUUAAGGGUAUUAUUUUUAAAAGUAAUAUGAUGCUCUAGCCUAAAUAUGGUGAGAUUGCUUUCCAUUUUUUGUAAUGAGAGAUUCCUGAAGUCUAGUGAAAGUAUUCCUCUUCACGAGCCACUCAAUGGACAUAAAAUGGUUUGCUUGCUUUCAACCAUUGAUAGUGAAGCAUUUCUAGCCUGUGAGAUAUUUAUAUUUCUGAUUUGUUCUGAUAUAAUCUUGGUUUUUUGAAAAGAGAUAAUGAAGGAUAUCCAUGCCCAUCGAGCUAAGCUCACAGAAAUUUUAUGUAAGAGCAACCUACAGCCCUAAGUUAUCCUGUCUUUUUCUCAGAUUCAUAAGACAGUUUCAUCCUGCUAGCUGGAGUGCCCAGUAAUGUCUCCAGAGUCUAGUUUAGUAAAAGCCUAGAAUUCCCAACAGAUCUUCACGUGGACUUUAACAGUUUCAAGGCAAAUGAAGCCCCCUGGGUGCAUCAUCCUGGCUAAUAUUCCCUCUACGUUGUUUUGGUUGCCCAUUUUCCCUUUUGGGGCAUGGAAUUUGAGGAAGUUAUCAUUACCAUUAUCAUCUAAUGUUACCCACAAUUUCCUGGAUAUCAUUAAUCCAUUUCAAAUAUAAGGAUGAUGUUUUUAAUAAACAUUAUAUUUAAACCACUCAAAGUUUCCAAAUUAAGAAAAAAGACAACUUUCAGUGUAGAACCCUGGACAGAGACUCGAGGCAUGUGGGAAUAGGAUAAGGAGCAUGGCUUCCUUUUGGAGUAACUGGGAGGAUGAUGGUGUCCAUGAUAGUAAUAGGAUAAUUAGGAUGAGGGAGAGUUUGGGGGGAAAGAUUAUGUAAUGAGAUAUGGGACGCAAUCCCAGCCCCACUUCAAAAUGAAAAGUGUGUCUAAGUGCAUCUUACUUCCUUACACACUGCCUCAAAGAGAAGAUCCUAUCAGUUAUGGGGCACAUGGAGCAAUUUCAAAGUGAUUCAAUGGGGGGGAAUCAGGUUGGGCUAUUCUGGGGGUAGGGGGAUAAGAAAAUAUUGCCUUUAGGAACUGGGAUCCACUUUGGUUUAAGCCUUUAGGGAAGGGGUCCCCAAACUUUUUACACAGUGGGCCAGUUCACUGUCCCUCAGACCACUGGAGGGCCAGACUCUAAAAACCUAACCCUAACUGAACAGCAGAAUACAUAGUGCAGAAUCCCCUCCCCCAGAUCGCUGUUCACCAUGCUAAUCUCUUGUGCAGCCACAUAAUCCUUUGCCCAGUGCCUAGUUCUAAGGAGCCAUGCAAAGGAUUAUGUCACUGGAAGUAGUACUGUACGUGAGCGAUGCUGAGCUUUGAGGCACUGCCACAGACAGUGCUCCUCUCACUGACCACCAAUGAAAGAGGUGCCCCUUCCAGAAGUGGGGUGGGGGCCGGAUACAUGGCCUCGGGGGACUUUAGGGAAUGAAUCUAGCCCAGGCAGGAGAUGCCAGGAGUAAGAAGGGCAAAAAGAUGAGAGUGUUGAGACAUAUGUUGGGGUAAAGGUAGGAGUGGAAUUUUGCUGGAGACAAGCCCACAAUUGACUAUCAUAAGAACCUUGAGAUAUGACCAGUCUUCCCUUGUGUUUAUGCCAUGAGCCCCUGACAUCAGAUUUAUAGCACUAAAAAGUGAAGCAACUUGCCCAGGGUCACACAGUCAGUUUGCCAAAGGCAGAUCUUGAACCUAGAUCUUCCACUUCUGGUCUCUAGUCUUCUAGUUAUGCUGUCUCAUCAUUAUGAUGAUUAUUAUCUUUAUAAUACAUGUUAUUAUUAAUAGCCAACCUUUAUAUAGCACUGCAAGGUUUACAAAGCACCUUAUCAUUUAACUGCAGAAGGCAGAAUACACACACCCAAGGAUAACGAUAAUAUUACUUGGAGGAGCAAAGGGCCACCUAAAGAAUGAGCAACCUGAUGAACACUGAUAAGGGGGAGAAUGGCCAGAGGAGGGCCAGGGAAGGGCCCUGAGGCCAUGUUCUUGGAGGACCUUUUGAAAGAAAUGGACAUGUUUAACCUGGAGAAGAGAAGUCUCAGGGGGACUCGAGGAGCUGUGUUCAAUGAAGAGCUGUGAUGUGGAGGAGGGGUUAGCUCUGCUCUGCCAUAGCAAGGGGCCAUGGAGUGACGUCAAAAAGAACUUCCUGACAUCCAUGGCCACUGUCCCCAAAGGGAAGGGGAGUUAAGGGGACAGGCACCACCUCACUGGGGAUCUUUAAGCAGGGCCUGGAGAAACCACCUGGUCUACCUCACAGAAUGAACAAUGAGGAAGGGGGCCUGGGGGUGUUCUGAGGCCCGAGUCCUACAUUUGGCAGCCUCUCGUCCACCGAGGCACAAACAGCUGAAGGGUCAGUACAUCCAGUUGCUUAGCACUGAAGAUUCAAGUUUAAUGAAUUAAACUCAGGAUUGGAAUUGAAUUCUCUGGGCUCUGACCCCUGCAUAAUUUAAUGUUCAUGGUGGUGAGGCUGAAGAAGUCUGGAAGGACCAAUCCUCAGGCUCCCCAAUUUUCCCUUGUCCUCACCCAGUUUCCUGGGAAGUGGUCCCUCUCUCCCCUCCCCAGUCCUCCAGACCUCUUUCCUUAAUGAGCCACUAAUUAGGGAAGUUCCCCCUUCCUUCACCUCUCCCUUGGAGCACAGAGAGUCCCUCUCCCCACACUAGCUGGUGGUACUCUCCUCCUCUGCUCUGCCCUUCUUCCAGUUCCGCUAUGGAUUCUGCCCUCCUCCUCUGCCCUCCCCUUGGCAGAUCUGGGCUGAUCAUUAACACAGAUGGCCGACAGAGCCUGGGAAAGAGCUACCAUAAAGAGGUGAGCAUCGGGCUGUCGGCAGGUAGGGACUGGCCAGCCCAGGGAUAGGAGAGUACUGAAGCCAGCUGCCACCAUGGACAUCACUGCGAGCCCCAGUGUCUCCACUGGGACCCCCGCACCCCCCCACCCAUCGGACCGGAUCAAGAAUGCCGCAGACAUCUCGGUCAUUGUCAUUUACUUCUUGGUGGUCUUUGCUGUGGGGAUAUGGGCCAUGCUGAGGACCAGUCGAGCAACAGUGGGGGGCUUCUUCCUGGCUGGCCGGGACAUGGUGUGGUGGCCAAUUGGCGCUUCUCUCUUUGCCAGUAAUAUUGGCAGUAGCAGUUUUAUAGGACUGGGUGGGACAGGGGCAGCCUCAGGAAUCGGUGUUACCCUGAUUGAGACAAAUGGUUUGCUACUGGUUCUGGUACUAGGCUGGCUAUUUGUCCCCAUUUACAUCAAGGCUGGGGUGGUGACCAUGCCUGAGUACCUGAUGAAGAGGUUUGGAGGGAAGAGGAUUCAGAUCUAUUUCUCCCUCAUUUCACUGUUCUCCUGUGUAGCCAUGAAGAUCUCAUCAGACAUGUUCUCAGGAGCCAUAUUCAUCAAUCUGGCCCUUGGACUGGAUCUUUACCUGGCCAUCUUCAUCCUAUUGGUCAUCACAGCCUUCUUCACCAUUGCAGGUGGCCUGGCCUCUGUCAUUUAUACUGAUGCUCUGCAGACAGUCAUUAUGCUGAUUGGUUCUUUCAUCCUUACUGGCUAUGCUUUUGCUGAAGUGGGAGGGUACGAGGCCUUCACUGAGAAGUACAUGAAAGCCAUCCCAUCUGUCAUCACAGACCAGAAUGUAACUCUGAACCCAGAAUGCUACACGCCCAAAGAAGACUCCUUCCAUCUCUUCCAGGAUCCCAUCACUGGAGAACUCCCAUGGCCCGGAAUUCUCAUUGGAAUGAACCUUGUUUCUGUGUGGUAUUGGUGUGCUGACCAGGUGAUGGUACAGAGGUGCCUCUCAGGGAAGAGCCUGUCCCAUGUGAAGGCUGGCUGCAUCCUGUGUGGCUGCCUGAAGCUCCUGCCCCUCUUCCUCAUGGUGAUGCCUGGGAUGAUCAGCCGCAUUCUGUACCCAGAUGAGGUCGCCUGUGUUGUGCCUUCAGAAUGUGAGAAACACUGUGGCAUCAGUGUGGGCUGCAGUAACAUUGCCUACCCAAAGCUGGUAAUGGAGCUCAUGCCUGAUGGACUUCGGGGGCUGAUGUUGUCUGCCAUGUUGGCAUCGCUCAUGAGCUCCCUCACCUCCAUCUUCAACAGUGCCAGCACACUGUUCACCAUUGAUAUCUACACCAAAAUCCGAAAGCAGGCAUCAGAGAGAGAGCUCCUGAUAGCGGGAAGGGUGUUCAUCAUCGUCCUGAUUGCCCUCAGCAUUGCUUGGAUCCCGGUAGUCCAGGCGGGUCAAAAUGGUGAACUUGUCCAGUAUGUAGGAUCCAUAUCCACCUACAUUGGGUCCCCCAUUUCAGCCGUGUUCCUGCUUGCCAUCUUCUGCAAGAGAGUUAAUGAGCAGGGGGCCUUCUGGGGACUGGUGUUUGGAUUUGCGGUUGGCUUGACUCGUAUGAUUGCCGAGUUUGCCUAUGGGACAGGCACCUGCAUGAGCACCACCCAGUGUCCCAGCAUCAUCUGCGGGUGGCAUUACUCCUAUUUUGCCAUCGUCCUCUUCACACUGACAGUCCUGGUUAUCCUCGGCAUCUCUCUGAUGACAAAACCCAUUCCUGAUGUCCAUCUAUACCGCCUUUGCUGGACUCUCCGCAAUAGCCAGGAAGAACGCAUCGACCUGAAUCCUGAGCAGUAUGGACAGCAGGAAGCUGGAGAGCAGGAGGAAGAAGCUGACCCUGAGGAAUCACCAGGGUGUUUCAAGAGGACCUGGGAUUUAUUGUGUGGGCUGGAGCCAAAGAAAGGCCCCAAGCUGACCAAGGAGGAGGAAGCUGCCCUGAAGAAGAAGUUGACAGACACGUCCGAAAAGCCCUUCUGGAGGAACGUGGUCAACGUCAGCGUCAUCCUGCUCUUGACUGUGUAUGUCUUCUACCACGGUUAUUUUGCCUGAGUUCUGCCUAGGGCUCCAGAGACUGGAAUACCCGCCUUCCUCUCUCCUCUUCGCCCCUUGUUGGACUGUGGAAGAACAGUAAAUAGUAUUAAGAUUAAAAUUCUCUGGAGGCUGCAAUUCUCACAAUAGGCCUGCUUGAAAGCUGGUGAGAUAGACGGGCAUAAGUGCAAAGCUGGGCCUUUAAUUCUUGAAAAGGACCUCUAGAUAGAUCUUAAAUUUUAGACCGUCAUCCUGUAGGUAGGCAGUGCCUGGCUUCUUUCUUCUGCUACCUCUAUCGUAGGUAAAGGUGGGACUUUGGAAUGUUUUAACUUGGGCAAGCACCUAAAGAGAGACCGGACUGAACAUGAACUCGUCUCGGGCCACUUUCAAGUGUCGUAUCGUCUAGGAUACAAAUCUGGAUGAACUCCAGCCCAACAUGGAGAGCACGGAUCACCAGAGCUUGGCAAGGGAAUCUCGUUUUCCUUGGUGCAAAGAAGAGGAAACAAGCCACCCUGGGGCCAGAGACAGGAAAGGACCCUCACAGAUCACCAUAUGAGGAAAGGAAGGGCCAGCCAGCAAACUCUGGGGUCCAACAGUCCCUCUCCUCCAAGGGCUUCUUUGUAAGUGAAUCUCUGAACGUCACCCUGUAAGAGAAAUGGCAUUCGUCCCCUUUACCAUGGUAAUCUAGGGGACAAGAGAUCACAAGACCAGAUUCAUCUCGCAGGUCACCAACUCCACUGGGGUCAAUAUUUCGGCCAGUCCUGUACUGGAAACUCCAUUCUGUUUUCUCAGAUAUUCUCUGUGCUCUUCCAUCCUGAUCACUAUCAACCACCUAUAGUGUUGUUUGUUUUAAACCCUCACCUUCCAUCUUGGAAUCAAUACUGUGUACUGGUUCCAAGGCAGAAGAAUAGUAAGUGCUAGGAAGUGACUUGCCCAGGGUCACACAGCUGGGAAGUGUCUGAGAUCAGAUUUGAACUUAGGACUUCCCAUCUCUAGGCCAGGCUCUCAAUACACUGAGCUACCCAGCUGCCCCCAUCCACCUACAGUGUUAACAGUCAUGCCUAUUCCUCAACACUCAAUCUCUUCCUAACCUCAUAGAUGUAUGUGCAUGAAAUUAGGCAGCAUAUAUAUAUAUAUAUAUAUAUACACAUGUAUAUAUACACACAUAUAUAUAUAUGCCAUGUACACAGAGAGAGGAGGAAGAGAGAGAGGAUGAAAGGAAGGAAGACUUUAUGAGGGAGAGAGGAAGAGACACAGAGACAGAGAAUGAGCAUAAAAAGGGUUUCAUGGAACCUCAGAACUAGAAAGGAUCCCAGAGACAUCUAGCUCAGCCUAGAUUCUUCUGAUGAAGAAUCCCUUCUACUCCAGACCUGUCGAGUGUUCUUCCAGCCUCUAAUUCAUGAGAUCCAGUGAUGGGAAACUCACUACUGAUCAGAGCAGCUUUGGGGACAACUCUAACAAUAAGGAAGAUUUCUCACCCCCUAACAUCGAGUCUGAAUCUGCCUCUUGGCAACUCCCACCUAUUGAACCUAGUUCUGUCCUCAGACUCAGCAAGAAUGUCUCAGAACCAAUAAAAAACAUACAA